UGGGCCUUCGUAUAUCAAAGGCCGACGUAAAUCCCAAGCCCAUAAAACUGAAAAUUAAAUUUAAAUCCGAAAACCUAGCACUCGGCCGAGCUCUCUGCCAUUUUCAUUGGGCACUCUUUCAAACUAACCAAAACGAGGCCGCCGGAUUUUGGUUUCAGCAGCUUGUAUUUAGAAGGAUGGUGAGGGUCAGCGUUUUGAAUGAUGCACUGAAGAGCAUGUACAAUGCAGAAAAGAGGGGCAAACGGCAGGUCAUGAUCAGGCCAUCCUCAAAAGUGAUCAUCAAGUUCCUUUUGGUCAUGCAGAAGCACGGUUACAUUGGAGAGUUUGAGUACGUUGAUGAUCACAGAUCUGGUAAAAUUGUAGUUGAACUGAACGGAAGGCUGAACAAGUGUGGGGUGAUCAGUCCUCGCUUCGACGUAGGAGUGAAGGAGAUUGAGGGUUGGACUGCCAGGCUGCUUCCAUCAAGACAGUUUGGGUACAUAGUGCUGACAACAUCAGCUGGAAUAAUGGACCAUGAAGAAGCCAGAAGAAAGAAUGUAGGUGGAAAAGUACUUGGGUUCUUCUAUUGAGGGGAUUUCUUUAGAAUUAAAACUUUACGAAUUAUGUUUUUUUCCUUUAAACCUCUCAGUUAGCAAUGCCUAUUUUCUAAAUUUUGGUACUGAUCCUAUAUGUAUUUUGCUUAUGACGUUUGGAGAUUUUGAAUUGCUGAGUAUUCAUCCCAA